ACUUAUGUUUUUGGUACAGAGAGUAGCACCCCUGUGGCAUUGCGGCAUGGAGGCACGUGCAUUCUGUGGAUUGGUUGUUGUUGUUUAUCAAACUUUUCUAAAUAAAUGAUAAUAUAAAAAUUAAAGAUGUUGAUUUCUUUGUUUAUACUUCCUCUACUACUUUUAAGACUAGAACCAAUUAAAGCAGAUAGGAAAAUCAAUAAAUAUGUAACUACACUAAUCAACGCUAAAUGGAAUGACACUCCUCUUGUUCUUGAGGUAGCUGAGUAUCUGAACGAUGAAAACGCAAAUUAUUUCUGGAGAUUUGUCGAUGCAGUGACCGAAAACGAAAAUGGACUUCAGAGUGAUGGAACUGAAAAAGACCAAUAUGAAGCAGCGAUUCAAUUGGCUGCCCAAUUUCUUUCGUCUGCCGAAAUGGCAGUACUUAAAUUGGGCCUAUCAUUGCGAAUUUAUUCGGCUCGUGUUGAAAUGUUCCAUCAAAUGGCUGAAAAUAAGAAUGAUCUCAAUUUGAACUGCGAUGCUUUUGUGGAUGUUGGAGGGAAAUUAACAUGCUCCCUAGAAAAUUUGGAAGAGUUGUUACAAAAGGAUGAAUGGGAACACAUAGAUACUUAUAGCAUAGAUCACUUUUACUCAGGAAAACAAAAUACAAACAAAUGCAUUGUUUUAUACGGACAGUUGGGAACUGAAAACUUUGCUAAGUUUCACAAGGCUUUGAAAUCUAUUGCUGACAAGCAGAAAAUUAAUUAUGUUAUUCGUCACUAUGCAAAGAAUAGGCCGGAUAGAAAGCUUCGAUUGUCUGGAUAUGGAGUGGAGCUACAAAUGAAAUCUACGGAAUAUAAAGCAACAGAUGAUUCCGAUAUUAAGGAGAAUAGGAAGGAAGAAUCAGAAGAAGGAAAUAAAGGCGUUGAGGAGUUGGAUGGAAUCAAUUUUUCCAUUUUAAAAAAACUUUAUGCGGAUAAACAGGAGGAAUUAGAGAAGCUGCAAAAUCAUCUUUUAGACACUAGCCAUGAAAUCGGUGCCCUUAAGGUUUGGCAGUUUCAGGAUUUAAGUCAUCAGGCGGCAGAAAGAAUAAUGAAUUCCCCGUCGAAUGAAGCCAUUCAAAUUCUAUUAGAUAUUGCUCAAAAUUUUCCAAUGCAGGCAAAGUCGCUGAUAAAAACAAAAGUGAAUGCUGACAUGAAAAUGGAAAUGAACUUGAAUCAGCAAAAUUUUUCAGCAACUUUAAAUAUUCAACCAACUGAUACAGCCAUAUUUAUUAAUGGCUUGUUCUUUGAUCUUGAAACAAUUGAUAUUCUUACUCUCCUAGAAUGUUUGAGAGCUGAACUUAGAGUCAUGGAGCCUCUUUAUAGAAUUGGUUUUAGUAAUAAGAAAAUUCAGAAGCUUUUAUACUUGGAUUCAUCUACUGAUGCGGACAACCAGGACUUUGCAAUAGACAUAAGAGAUUCAGCCAUCAUCUGGGUAAACGACAUUGAAAAAGACUCUCAGUACAGAAGAUGGCCAGAAUUUCUCACUGAACUUCUGCGUCCAACUUUUCCUGGAAUGUUGAGGAGUAUUCGUCGUAAUUUAUACAAUUUAGUUUUAAUAAUUGACCCUCUGAACUCGGAUUCAAUGGCUCUGUUUUCCCUCGUUGAAUCCCUUUAUGCACAUUACACUCCUCUUCGAAUCGGUUUUGUUUUUGUCAUAAAUUACAACACUUCAAUCACUGGACUCCAAGAUCCCAGCAUUGCAGUGAAUAAUGCCUUUCAUUACUUUGUCGAGAGCCAGAAGAAACCCAAAGAGGCUUUAUACUUUUUAUCCAAUUUGAGAAACUUCAUUGGGCCUGAUGGAGCAACAGUUGAUGACAUUAAGAAAGCAAUAAAGGACAGAGACCCGAAAGCAGACGUUAAUUAUAUUCUAAGUGAAGAAUCUGAGUAUGAUGUAGGUCGACAUUUAGCUUGUGACUUUGUGAAGCGCACGGGAUUCAAGACAUUUCCUCAGGCAUUACUGAACGGAGUGCCUCUUUCCUCGAGCCAAUUGCACUCCGACUCCUUCGAAGAUGCCGUUCUGUCUACUGUGAUGACUCAGACACCGUCGAUUCAGAAAGCGGUGUACAAACGCGAAGUGACUGAUAGAGAUGAUAUAGUGGAAUACUUGAUGAAUUUACCGAAUGUGAUGCCGAGAUUAAAUGAACGAGUGCUCAAGAUGGACAAGGACAUGUGGAUGCAGCUGAAUGGAAAUGUUCCCAAGGACAAGGAGUUUACAAAAUGGAGCAAAGAAGAUUCCUCUGCUUGGGUUAUGGAGAACUCGCGAUAUCUUUACGUUUCGCGGAAGAGUACCACUCGUCAUUUGUAUUCUUUGUGGAUUGUUCUUGACCUCGAAGAGGCAGACAGUAGAAAGCUGCUCGCCGAAACACUCGAGUAUUUGGAAGGCAAUGCGUAUGCGAGAGCUUCAAUAAUAGUAAAUAGUGCUCGUAAGGAUUUAUCGAAAUCUUCUAUUAAUGCAAUAGCAGUUGCCGCUAUGAAUGUUCUGCCUCCAGAAAAGGCAAUAAACUUCUUAAGGAAUUUAAUCAAAGAUGAAGUUGUAGCUCAAAUUGAAAACAAUAAUUAUGAGAUAGAGGAUGAAUCAAUUUUAAAUAUGUUAAACGAUGUGGAACUUUUGUGGGGCAUUAAUAACGUACAUAGUCAUUAUGCACGAAACGUGUUGAGAGUUUCUUCAAGUCAAAGAGCGGUCAUUUGUAACGGUCGAUUAAUUGGCCCAUUUGACGAAAAUGAGGAAUUCACAACUGAAGAUUUUUCUCUGUUGGAAAGAUACAGUCAAAAUACUUAUGGCGAUAAACUAUUUAAUAUUUUGAUGAAAAACAAUUUUCUUGAAGAAGACGAUGACGAUUAUGGAAAAAAUGAAGUGACAGAUGAUGUGAUAAUGAAAAUUUCAUCUCUUCUUGUAUCAAGACCACAAACACGAAGUCGAUACGAUGUACUGUUUAAUGGCGAUGAGCACAGUGCCAUAAAGAUUUCAGCGCCGAUACCAGACGAGGUAGCUUUCAACAUAGUCGGCAUAGUUGAUCCAGUUUCAAGAGGAGCUCAAAAGUUAGGUCCCAUUUUAGAUGCAUUAAAGAAGUCUCUAAAUUGCAACAUAAAAAUAUUCUUGAAUUGCUUGGACAAAAACAGUGAUAUGCCACUCAAAAGCUUUUAUCGCUUCGUCCUGGAACCGGAAAUUCAGUUUGGUGCAGAUGGAGAAAUGAAAGGGGCUGUGGCUACAUUUACCAAGUUACCGACUUCUUCACUUUUAACUCAACAUAUUCAUGCACCAGAAAAUUGGCUUGUAGAAGUUGUUCGCAGUGUUUACGAUUUGGACAACAUUAAACUGGACAAUGUUGCAAUGGGCGUACACAGUGAAUUCGAGUUGGAACAUUUGCUUCUUGAAGGGCAUUGCUUCGAAGCAGCAGUAGGAAACACUCCCCGGGGUUUGCAAAUAAAUUUAGGCACAGAAAGAAUUCCAACGAUGGUGGACACAAUUGUGAUGGCGAAUUUAGGAUAUUUCCAAUUGAAAGCCAAUCCUGGUGAAUGGCGCUUGCGCCUCAGACAGGGAAGAUCUUCUGACAUAUAUGACAUAGUAACUGUCGAUGGUCAAGAUAUUAUUCAUAAGGAAAAUGAAGUUAAAGUUCUCUUGAGUUCUCUCAGGAGUCAUGUUCUCAAACUGAAAGUUUCAAAGAAACCGGACAAAGCUAAAAUGGACUUACUUUCGGAUGAUGAUAAUAAUUCUGGAAUUUGGAACUCUAUUUCCAGGACAUUUACAAAUGAGGAGAGUGAAGAACAAGAUGAAAAAAUUAACAUUUUUUCUCUCGCAUCUGGACAUUUAUAUGAACGUUUUUUGAAAAUCAUGAUGUUGAGUGUUAUUAAACACACAAAGACGCCUGUCAAAUUUUGGUUUCUCAAAAACUAUCUGUCCCCUACUUUAAAAGAUUUUCUUCCUGAAAUGUCAAAAGCUUAUGGAUUUGAGUAUGAACUUGUACAAUACAAAUGGCCUCGUUGGCUUCACCAACAAACAGAAAAACAAAGAACUAUCUGGGGUUACAAGAUAUUGUUCUUAGAUGUCCUGUUUCCUCUUGAUGUGAAAAAAAUCAUUUUCGUAGACGCUGAUCAGGUUGUCAGAGCAGACUUGAAAGAACUUGUGAAUAUAGAUUUAGGGGGAUCUCCGUACGCUUACACUCCGUUCUGCGACAGCAGGAAAGAAAUGGAAGGCUUUCGAUUUUGGAAGCAUGGUUAUUGGAGGACUCACCUUCAAGGUCGCUCUUACCACAUUAGUGCUUUGUAUGUUGUCGACUUGAAACGUUUUCGUCGAAUUGCAGCCGGAGAUAGGUUAAGAGGACAGUACCAAGCUCUAAGUCAGGAUCCUAACAGUCUUUCUAAUUUGGAUCAGGAUCUUCCAAACAACAUGAUUCACCAAGUUUCUAUAAAAUCACUACCUCAAGAGUGGCUGUGGUGUGAAACUUGGUGCGACGAUUCAUCAAAGAAACAUGCCAAGACUAUUGAUUUGUGCAAUAAUCCAAUGACCAAGGAAGCUAAGUUACAGGCAGCUAUGCGAAUUUUACCAGAAUGGGUUGGUUACGAUGAGGAAAUAAAAGCAUUGCAACAAAAAAUAGAAAAUGCUUCUGUAGAAAGUGAAAGCGUGAAAGAUGAACUUCCUGACACCUUCACGAGCCAUGAAGAACUCUAGAUAUUUGAAAUUUGUGAAGGUAUCUCUUCUAAAAAUGUAGGUAAAUUUGUUGUAACAAAUGGUUUACAACGUGUAUACAUGUGUAAUUGAUUGAAUUUAUACUUUUCAAGACUUUGUAAUUUUAUCUUUAUUGUGUAAGUAAAAAGCCAACAGAAUUUUUCUAAAC